AGCCCAACUGACACGAGAAUAUGGCUGUGAAAAGCGGAAAUGAACUGUGCAAAUAUAGAUUAUUAUUUAUCUUCAUAAUGCUCUUCAACAUAUCCUUCAGUACAUCAGUUAGUCUAGAUUUAACCGAGUUGCGAAAUAAAGUUUCCAAAUUUAAAGUCCAUCCACGAGGGAAUCUCUGGGCUACAGGUCAUUUCAUGGGCAAGAAAAGCAUUUCAAAUAGCCAAUUACUAGACAACUCAUCAUCCUCAGGAUCUAAGAGGUUUCGUAUUCGGUCAGCGAGUUCAGAAACUGAAGAUUUGAGGGAACUGAUCAGUCAGGAGGUGCUGAAAGUCGCUCUUCAGGCUGAACUUCAGGAUCCAAAAGGGACACAAGAUCUUCAUAACCAGGACACUGACUUCUUGAUGAAGCUUUUGAAAAACUACACCAAAGAAAGAAACAUUGGCUAGCCUACAUAAAAUAUUAAUGUGACUUACAAUUGUUUACAAGAUCUGUAUACACAAGUCUUAUUUAAUGCUCUUGUUUAUGUU